AUGAUUCGCUCUGCUGUGUGUGUCGUGGCGGCUCUGCCGUCGUUGGUGUGUGCCGGUGUGAUCAACGUUCCCGCGGAUCAGCCGACGAUCCAGGCGGGGAUUGAUGCGGCGGUGGCGGGUGACGAGGUGGUGGUGGCGCCGGGGGUGUGGUUCGAGCGGAUCGAUCUGCUCGGGAAAUCGAUUACGUUGCGGAGCGUCGAUCCGGACGACCCGGCCACGGUUGACGCGACGAUCAUCGACGGUGAAGAGAACGGCACCGUGAUCACCUGCGACUCGGGCGAGGGCGAGGGGACGAUCGUCGCGGGGCUGACGAUCCGGAACGGGCAGACCGAUUACGGCGCCGGCGGCAUGCUUUGUGUCGGCUCGUCCCCGGUCCUGUACCGCUGCGUGUUCAGGGACAACAACUCGAUCGAGCCGGACUGCUUCCCGCACGAUCCGGUGACCCAGGGGAGCGGGCUGAGCAGCGGAGGGGGGGCCCUGCUCUGCGUUUCGAGUGACACCGCGAUCAUCGGGUGCCGGUUCAUCGACAACAACGUGAUCGAGUCCUGCACGUUUUCCAGCGAUCGCGGGGGCGGCGCCAUCUCCAAUGUCGGUUCCACGCUCGUCGUGACCGGUUCCGAAUUCCGGGGCUGCGAGGCCUCGUACGGCGGCGCGGUGUUCUCACGCGACGGCGGCAGCGUCACGAUCGUGGACAGCACGUUCGACGACAAUACGUCGAACAUGCAUGGCGGGGCGGUCUACAGCUCGUACGACGACCUGCUCGUGCUCGAACAGUGCGUCUUCCGGAACAAUGUCGGGCGGGGCGCGGCGAUCUACGCUCUCUGGACCGACGAGAUGGCUGUCGCCGACUGCGACUUCGAAUCGAACCGAGGAUUAUCGUUCGGCGGCGCUAUCUAUAAUCUCCGGGUCCAGCGGGCCGAGAUCACCGGGUGCGACUUCCGAUCCAACACCACGAGCCACCCCACGUUGUUCUUCGGCGAAGGCGGCGCGAUCUAUGUCUGGAGCGAGUUCGAGACGGUGAUCCGGGAUUGCGUCUUUGAGGGGAACGAGUCCGGGACUGGUGGCGCGAUCUAUGUCAGGAUCGCCGGGUCGUGCCGCCUCGUGGACUGCGUCAUGCGUGGGAACACCGCGGGCGAGCGCGGGGGUGGGAUGUACAUCGAGCGCGCGGAGACGUGCGGCCUCACGAACUGCCUGAUGGAGAACAAUUCCGCCGGCAUCCGGGGCGGGGCGAUGAUGUGCGUCCAGCUCUCCGGCUUCACGUUCGUGACCAUGACCUCGUGCACCGUCGUCAACAACCACGCCGAGGACACCGGCGGGAUCUACGAGAGCGCGAGCCUGAUGUUCGUCUCGAACAGCGUCUUCUGGGGCAACGAGGAGGAGCAGAUCCACGACACGCCCGGCAACUCGACGAUCGUCGUGGAUUCGCUGAUCGAGGGCGGGCUGCCGACGGGCAUGGACAUCCUUGAGCUCGAUCCGCGUUUCGUCGAUGAGGCCGGCGGCGAUUUCCGGCUCGCGCCGGAUUCCCCGGCGAUCGACGCGGGCGACAUGGUCAACCUUCCGAUGGACCUCACGACCGACCUCGCGGGCGACCCGCGUGUCGUGGGCGGGUCGGUCGACCUCGGCGCGUACGAGUUCCAGGGCGCGGCGCUGUGCGUUGGCGACUGCGACGAGAGCGGGACCGUCGAUUUCAACGACCUCGUGAGCAUGCUGUUCGAGUUCGGGAACAUGAGCGAUGCGCGGUGCGACGCGGACGAGUCGGGGUCUGUUGACUUCAACGACCUUGUCGCGGCGUUGUUUGUGUUCGGGGCGUGCGAUUGA